AUGUAUGAAAUAAUGCUGUUGAUGACCACGUUUGUAGGUUGGCUUCUAAUACUCAAUAAAGAUCAACUUUCAUUUUCAGAUCUUUCAAGAAAUCGAUUUACAGAGAUUCCUUCUGAUGUCUGGCUAUUUGCACCACUUGAGACCCUAAAUUUAUAUCAUAAUUGCAUCAAAGCCAUUCCUGAAACCAUAAAAAACCUGCAGAUGUUAACAUACCUUAAUAUUAGUCGAAAUCUUUUAUCAACAUUGCCAAAAUACCUGUUUGAUCUCCCGCUUAAAGUUUUGGUUGUCAGUAAUAAUAAGCUGGUUUCCAUUCCUGAAGAAAUAGGGAAAUUAAAAGACUUAAUGGAAUUGGAUAUUAGCUGCAAUGAAAUUCAGGUCCUCCCUCAACAGAUAGGAAAAUUACAUUCGCUUAGAGAGCUAAACAUAAGAAGAAACAAUCUUCACAUGUUGCCAGAUGAAUUGGGAGAUCUUCCCUUAGUGAAGCUGGAUUUUUCUUGUAACAAAGUGACAGAAAUUCCAGUUUGUUAUAGGAAACUCCGUCAUUUGCAAGUGAUCAUUUUGGAUAACAAUCCAAUGCAGAUACCACCAGCACAGAUAUGUUUAAAGGGUAAAGUACACAUAUUUAAAUUCUUAAAUAUUCGAGCAUGUUGCAGAAUAGAAAAGAAGCCAGACUCCUUGGACCUUCCUUCAUUAGGUAAAAGGAUUCCCUCUCAGCCUCUCACAGACAGUAUGGAAGAUUUCUAUCCAAAUAAAAAUCAUGGCCCCGAUUCUGGUAUUGGAAGUGAUAAUGGAGAGAAACGACUAUCUACAACUGAGCCAUCAGAUGAUGACACAAUCAGCCUUCACUCUCAAGUAUCAGAAUCAACCAGAGACCAGACUCUAAGAAAUGACAAUCACUUGAUGGGCAACAAACUUGACUCUCAUAAAGACCAGGAGGUGUAUGAUUACAUUGACCCCAACCCAGAGGAUGUAGCAGUCCCUGAACAAGGAGAUGCACAUAUUGGAUCCUUUGUCUCUUUCCUGAAGGGAAGAGAAAAAUAUUCUGAGAAAUCUCAGAAAAAUGAAGAAUGGGGAGAUGAGAAAAGGCUUCAGAAAGAUCAGUUCCUUGCGGAGGAAGAGGAUGAAGAUUUGAAGGAAGUGACUGAUUUAAGGAAAAUAGCUGCUCAGUUAUUGCAACAGGAGCAGAAGAACAGACGGAGACCUUUAAGUUAUAGAACAUCAUUCAGUGAAAAACUCUUCCAGAGGACCAGAGCAGCAGGACGCGCAUCAAGACUUCUUAAUCAUUCAUCUUCGGUAAACCCCAGAAACCGACCUAAGCAAACGGUGGAAUUUGACAAAAGUGUCUUGGCAGAUGAAGUAAAUUCUGCAUUGUCACCCUUCACGUGGCAGCCUUUAGGAAACCAGAAGGAUCCAGCGGAUGAACAGCAGUGGCCUGAAACUCCACCUAUAAUUUGGCAGAAUGAAGAAAGGAGGAGAAGCAAACAAAUUAGAAAAGAAUAUUUCAAGUAUAAAUCCUCAAGGAAGAAUUCAAGUGGAAAUGAACAUGAUGAGCAAGACAGUGAUAAUGCUAAUGUGUCCCCACAGUCUCCAGUAUCAUCUGAGGAUUAUGACAGAAGUGACAGUUGUUCACACGGUCCGUUUGGCUUGAAGCCUAGAUCAGCUUUCAGCCGUUCAUCUCGCCAGGAAUAUGGGACGGCAGAUCCCGGAUUUACCAUGAGAAGAAAGAUGGAACACCUAAGGGAGGAAAGGGAGCAGAUCCGACAGCUUCGUAACAAUCUUGAAUCGAGGUUAAAAGUAAUUUUGCCUGAUGAUAUUGGAGCAGCAUUAAUGGAUGGAGUAGUUCUUUGCCAUUUAGCCAAUCACAUAAGGCCACGCUCUGUAGCUAGUAUUCAUGUACCAUCACCAGCAGUGCCUAAGCUAAGCAUGGCAAAAUGUCGAAGAAAUGUAGAAAACUUUCUUGAUGCUUGUAAAAAAUUGGGUGUCUCACAGGAAAGACUCUGCUUGCCGCACCAUAUUUUGGAAGAAAGAGGCCUGGUGAAGGUUGGCGUUACAGUCCAGGCUCUUCUGGAGCUGCCCACUACUAAAGCAUCUCAGCUGUCAGCAGCUUGACCUGACUGGAAACAAUAAUACAAACAAAUUCUAGUUUUAUUUAUUUGUACUCAUUUUAAGCACCUCAGCUUUCUGAAUGAGA